CUAAUCAUGAAAAGACAAAAAAAAUUACGAGAGUAGAAAAUACUCUCCAAUGCUCUGAUAAAGAUGCUGAUAACAUUCCAGAAGAAAAGCUAAUCAAACUUAUUCAAGAUUUAAGUAAUGAUGAAAAAGAAAAUGCAAUAAAAUUGCUAGAAAAUAUGAGAUAUCUGUGA